UGUUUCAGGUCCCACCCCUCUCUCUACUCCCUUUCUUAUAUCAAGAGGGGAAAAACACGGAACUACCUCUACCCUCUCUGGUCACCAUACGCCUAUUACCUUUACUGCUACAAAUACCGGAUCAGCCUCCGGGAAAAGAUGCUGCCUUGUUGUUACAGAAGCAUCACUUACAAGGAGCAGGAGGACCUGACACUCAGGCCCCAUUGCUGCCUCCAGUGCUCUGAGUCCCUAGGAGGCUUCCAGGUGGGCAGAAGCACUGAGCAGGAAAAAGAUCACAGCCAGCUUAAAGAAGUGUAUUCAGCUGGAAACCUGAUAGUGCUAUCGACUGACCCCCUGCUUCAACAGAACCCAGUUCAGUUAGACUUCCACUUUCGCCACACCCCCCAUUCCUCUGCUCAUUGGCACGGCCUUCUUUGUGACCACAGACUCUUCCUGGAUAUCCCACAUCAGGCCUUGGAUCAGGGCAACCGGGAAAGUUUAACAGCAACACUGGAGUAUGUGGAGGAAAAAACCAAUGUGGACUCGGUGUUUGUGAACUUCCAAAACAAUCGGAAAGACAGAGGUGCCCUGCUGCGAGCUUUUAGCUACAUGGGCUUUGAGGUGGUCAGGCCAGAUCAUCCUGCCCUCCCUCCCUGGGACAAUGUCAUCUUCAUGGUGUAUCCCCUUGAAAGGGACCUUGGCCAACCUGGCCAGUGA